GUUUCGCAGUUUCGUCUGCCAAAUAUUUAGCAUUUAAAUGCAUUGAGCAGCAAAUUCUCAACACUGUAUAAGCAGCAAAACCUUUAGUUAUUAACAAUAGUUUGAGCACAAAAAAAAUACGAAGGGAAUCAAUUGCAGUGUCUGGAAAAAGUCGAAAUAAAAAUAUUAAUACAAAAAAAGAUGAACGCUCUGCCACAAAGUAAACAUUACAGUUUAACACAUUAUCAGCAGCGAUAUAACUGGGACUGCGGCAUAUCCUGCAUUCUGAUGAUAUUGUCGACGGCACAACGCGAACAGUUCCUCAAUAACUUUGAGAGCAUCUGCAAGGAGGAGGGCUUCGGCUCCAGCACCUGGACAAUUGAUCUCUGCUAUCUGCUGCAUCGAUACCAAGUGCGUCACGAGUAUUUUACGCAAACGCUUGGCAUCGAUCCCAAUUACACCCAGCACAUGUACUACUCGCAAAUCAUUGACAAGGACGAGAAGCGGGUGAUGCGCAAGUUCAAGGAUGCCAAGGCGCACGGAUUGCGCGUCGAACAGCGCACAGUCGACAUGGAUGUGAUACUUAAGCAUUUGGCACGCGAUGGCCCCGUUAUAUUGUUAACGAAUGCCUCGCUCCUCACCUGUGAAAUAUGCCGCACAAAUACCCUGGAAAAAUUUGGUUGUUUUCAUCUAUCUUGUAUUGCCCAAAAAAACACACGCUUGCCAACGGCUGCCAACAAAAGAUACGCCGGACACUAUGUGGUGCUCUGUGGCUACGAUAGAGCCAUGCGUAAGUUGUUUUAUCACAAUCCCGAGGUGCACGACGGACAUAUUUGCCGUUGCUUGUCCGAGGCAAUGGAUACGGCUCGAACGGCCUUUGGCACCGAUCAGGAUAUCAUAUUCAUUUACGAGAAGCCCAACAACAACAGCAGCAGCAAAAAGUAAAUCCUUCAAGGAUAAUAAUGCCAAUAAUGCCGUAGUACCUGCUCAGCAGUUGCCAAUGUUGUUUGUUAUUUGUGUUGUUUGGAUCUGCGCCUAUGUGAUAUAUAUUUAACUUGUAUUAGGAUUUCAAUCUGCUUGUGCUAGGCUGGGCCACUCAUCAAAAGUACCUAAACAAUAUUUAUAUAAAUAUAU